ACCUAGCUAUAGGGGCAUGCUUUUUAAUUUGAAACCAUAAGCAGUCUCUAAUAUACUGACUAAUGAACCCAUGGUUUCCUCCACUAACCAUUUUUCAAAUCUAAAUUAAUCUAUCAACCUUACUUUGAAUCUUUGUCAAGAGGCUAAUUAAUCCCCUUUUAGUUUGUUGACUAGUUUAAUUAAAGGCUAAUUGAUAUAUUAAAUGGAAAAAUAUAAAACAAUUUGAAACGGAAUAAAAUAUUCACAAUGGCCACGAAAAUGGAUUUGGACGUCGAUGAACCUUUCAUGUGGCAACCACUUUGUAAUUCCCUAUUGGAAAAACUAUAGGCCGUGUUUUCUUUGACAAUAUAAUAUCGAUAUGCAUAUAUUAUUUGAUUUGAUCAUAUAUUAGCAUCAUCUUUAGUUUUUCUAUAUAUAACAAAAAUGAAAAUGUAGAAAGGAGCAAGUAUAUCUCGUAAAUCUUGGAAAUAAUGUCACGAAACUUAGAUUAAGAAAAGUUAAUGUUGAUUUUUAUGGAAUCAUUCCAAAAAUCAUGUUAACUUAUUGAGACGCGCAUUUAAUACCACAAUUAGCAUAUAUUAUGACGAAACAAUACUUCCUUAUUUGAUUGAAAACUAUGUAUAUAAAUAUAAAUCGGAAUAUAUCUCUCAAAGAACUCUUGUAAUCUCAUAAUCAUCUCUAAUUCUUGUCUUCAAUAUGGAGGAUGGAGAGGCAGAAGCUUCAACAAUCACUUGCUUACCGACCACGAAACAAAACCCCCUUCAAAACCCUAACUUGCUGGUCAACCCAAAAAAAGAGACUAAACUAAAAACCCCUAAAACCACCAAAGGUCGACAGAAGAUAGAGAUCAAGAAGAUCAUUCUGGAAAACCGAAGGCAAGUGACGUUUUCCAAACGCCGAUUCGGGCUUUUCAAAAAAGCGGCGGAGCUAAGCGUUCUCUGCGGCGCACAAAUUGGUAUCAUAACGUUUUCACGAGUAGAUAGGAUCUACUCGUUUGGUAACGUGGACUCACUCAUCGAUAAAUACUUGCGUAAGACUCCGGUGAUGCUGAGGUCACAUCCUGGAGGUAACGUGGCAAACGGAGAGGAAGAUAACGACGGUUUGAUGUGGUGGGAGAGGGCGGUGGAGAGUGUUCCGGAGGAGGAUAUGGAAGAGUACAAGAAGGCGUUGAGUGUGUUAAGGGAGAAUUUAUUGACGAGGAUCUACCAGAUGAGUGGUGAUCGGACGGUCGAGAAUCUUCCGGCAUUUCCAAAUGAGAUGGCUAUGGCUGACUGGAAAUUGACUAAUGAAAAUCUGAUGGCUAGGAACGAUCGAGGUUACGCAGGUAACGGUGGUGAUUUGGAGUUUGCGUUUAUGUCUCAAAACGGUAGACAGUGA